AUGGAGUACCUCAGGCUCAUCCACAACGUCUUCACCGAGCCGCUCUUAUGCCACCUCAACCUGCUCACCCCGGGCGGCGGCGACCCCACCUUUGGCCGGUCCGACAUCCCCUACUCGGCGUCAGAGCAUCGACUCAUCUACUCAAACCCAGAAGUAUCCGCCAUCCGCCGGCGCGUGCUCAUCCCAGCGCACUCGCUGCUCGAGUCCGGCUCGUGGGAUAAGGAGAAGUGGUCGUUUGUGACGUAUUACGUUUGGACGUGCCCCGAGGCGCUCGAGCGCGAACAGCUGCAUUCGGACAUUGUGCUUGCGCACGGAAUCAACGACUAUGCGGGCAAGCUCGCGCCGCACGCGCUGCACUUUAUGAAGCGCGGCUUCCGCGUGAUUGCGAUCGACCUGCCCAGCUUUGGCCGCAGCACGGGCCUGCACGGCUACCUGCCCAGCAUGAAGAUCAAUGCGCGCGCCAUGCAUGCCGUGGUCAUGGACGUGCGCACCUGGGACGAGGAGUCGGGCUUGCUCGGAAAGGCGGGGCGCGAGCGCAAGCUGUUUGCAGAGGGACACAGCAUGGGCGCGUUCACUGUGCUGUACUACGCUGCGCUCUAUCCGCCGCUCGAACAGGCGCAGGAUGGAGGGCCGGAUCUGGCGAUCAAGCAGAGACCGAGCGAGCAGGCCAAGACCAUCACGGACGACGAGCUGGUCGAGGAGGCACUCAACGCACACGAACGCACGCCGCUCGCCCACCACAAGCCGCCACACGACCACAGCAACGGCUCGAGCUCGGCCGUGCUGCCGGGCAAGCCGGCGCCGUACAGACCCUCGCUGUCGGGCGUGGCGGUGGCAGCACCCAUGAUCACCAUCUCGUCCCAGUCGCGUCCCAACAAGGCGGUCGAGUACAUUGCGCACGUGCUGCGCUUCUUCGCCGGCAGACUGCCCAUGGUCACCGCGAUCAAGGGCAACGUAUCCGACGACCCGCGCGUCGAGCACGAGUUCGAGGCAGACCCGCUCACCUACAAGGGCAAGCUCCGCAUCAGCACGGGCCUCGCCAUCGUAGCGGGCAUCGAGGAUCUGGCCAAAAAGGCGCAUCUCAUCACGUGCCCACUCACCAUCCACCACGGCGCCAACGAUCGAGUCACCGACCCCAACGGCAGCAAGAUGUUCUUCGACAAGGUCGCCACCCCGCCCGAACACAAGAGCAUCAAGAUCUGGCCCGGCUACGAACACGUCAUGAUGAAACACGUCCAGGGAAUGUCCAAGGAGGACACGCAAAAGACGCUCGAUGUGCUCACCGAGAUUGGUGACUGGCUGGUGGAACAAGCACGACGAUAG